CUGAGAUAUAUUCCCACCUGCUUUUCCUCUAAACGAGUUCUCGGGAUUUCGGCACCCACCACAACUCAACUACGCUGGUUGUACGAGGGUAGCUUUCUGGAACGCAUCCUACGUUCCACCAAUCCAAUAUGUCCCAAGGCAUAAGCAAGGCCGCUUCCAAACCUCGGAUCCGAACCUUUCACAACAAGUCCCGUGAUGGCUGCAGACCAUGCAAGUACGUAUGAUCGCCAUAGGAGCCUCCUCCGACUCUAGACGCGCACAGUGGGGACAUACUUUGACUGCAUUGGGAAAUAGUUGCGUCGGGCUGAGUCAUCGCGCUCUCGUUGUCGUUGUUCUCCGGUCGUUGAAAUGGUAACCCGUGCUGACAGCUCUCUCAUCAGAGAUCGCAGAGUGAAGUGCGACGAAGGCCAUCCAAUAUGUCUGCGAUGCCGCCGCAAUGAUCGCGAGUGUGUGCGCGACACAGACAGCUUGCUCGCUCUUCACCGUCCUCGUAACCGGAAAUCGGAAGAUCCAUCGGGCUCUCAAGGUGCUUUCACCACAGAUGAUGGGACUUCCGCUGCCGAAUUGGAAUACUUCAUCAGGAACACAUUGCCAUACAUGCGCCAAAGCAGAUCUUCACCAGUAUGGGACCACAUGAUCCGGCUGCUACGCCAAAACAACCCUGUCAUUGGGAAGGUUGCUGCUGCCAUCAGCCAUCAGCAACGUGCUCUAGAAGAUGAACCACCAGACGACGCCAGUUAUGCCUCAGCUGCGGCUUAUAGUGCAGCGAUCCGGGCACAGUCCCAGUCUCUUUCCGAAUUUGAAGGGAACGAUCAUGCCGUGCAUGCAAUAUCAUGUUUACUGCUGAUAGUUCUCGAAUCCUUACGAGGCUCAUGCGCCAAUCUCGAACUCCAUCUCAAACCAUGUGUAUACAUUCUACAGGACCAGCGUUCCCAAGGGCAAGAAACAGCCGAGAUCUUGGAUCAGGUUGCGUUGCUCAUAGAGUCAUAUAUUCUGUCAAGUGUGGGCUUUAGCCCAAUUGCUAUGCAUGCCAGCCGAGCUCGUCAGCUGUUACAGACCAUCUGGGCGUGUCGUCCGCACGCUGAUGAGGUAGUGCGGAUAGAACGAAGUUUGGUUGAGGAAAUGGUCACUACACUAGACGCGUGGACUACAGCGGCACAAUCUGGACAUGCUCUCCCGGUCUGUGACCCAGAUGUGGCAGCCGUGAAAUUGCGCGCCACUGAGGUCCAGGAGAUGGCGUUGAACGAGGCGGCUGAAAACUAUAUCGAAGCAGCACAAGGAGACGCAAGAUCCAAGGCAUAUUGCGGCUUCGCUGUAGCGCGAAGCUUGCUUGCUAUCAGCCUGAUUCGUACAUUGACCGGUGUACCUAUUCCGCAAGCGGCGACCCUCGCAACCUAUCAGCGCAUGGUAGAUGUUUGUGAGGAUUCACUCGCCCAGCUCCGAAUACAUGAGUCUGGCUGCGCUGCCGAUGCUCCCAACGCUUUCUCUAUUGGUCUAGGAGCUAUCGCGGUUCUCUACAGUGUCGGCACGCGAUGCAAAGACUUCUGUGUCCGCCGACGGGCUCUACUCGUACUCGAGACAUGCCCACGCCGAGAAGGUAUCUGGACGGUAGAGAUGGCCCGCUUCCGUGUCGUGGCUGUCAUUAAGGCCGAGGAGGAGCGGGCAUCGCAGCGGUAUCCAGAGGGUCUGCCAAACAAUUAUCUCCCCGAGGACUGUCAGGUCAGACACGAUGAAAUCCUCGAAAUUGACGGCAAACCCGUACUGCGGCUUUUCUGGCGCGAUAGGAAUUCCCGCUCCUUUACUAUUGAGGAUAUUCCCGUCGUACCAUGUCAGAGCAUUUGCCCGUUUGAGCUCUCUUCGUCAUCAAUAGAUGCAUUCCCAGAUCCAGCGGCACCAGUUUUAUGAAGCGGUGAGGCGUCCAGAGAAAAACCCGCGCAUUCAAAACCACUGAUGCAUCAUCCACUCAAGAGAAAAGUUCUUCUAUUCGGGGACAUAAUGAAGGGUCAUCGGCCGGUUGAAUUCAAGCAACCGCUUCAAGCUUCGGCUUCCUUCGCCUGCGUCACCGUCUCGGCUUUCUUCGCAUUUACGUUAUCCCAUCGCGUGAACAAGGCAAAAAUGACACUCAGGCCACAUGCCGCAAUAGUGAUUGCAAAAGCGACUUGGAUAGC